CAUGGCACCCCACGCAGCUGCACUACUGGCCCUCAGCCUGCUGACUCUCUCGACCUCCCCUGCUCUGGGUGGUGCUAACGACGCUGAAGAUUGCUGCCUGACUGUGAACCAGCGCCCCAUCCCUGGGAACAUCGUGCGAGCCUUUCGCUACCUCCUCAUCAAGGAUGGCUGCAGAGUGCCCGCCGUUGUGUUCACCACGCUGAGAGGUCGCCAGCUCUGUGCACCCCCAGACCAGCCCUGGGUGGACCGCAUCAUCCGGAGACUGCAGAAGAACUCUGUAAAGAGCAAGCGCCACAGCAGUUAG